CACACACUCACAGAGGGACGAGAACAGCAGCUCUUCUUGGCGCCCUUGAUCUCCUGCUCCCGCGUUCACUCCGCAAAAUCUCUGAUGCGUGAGCAGCAGCAGAGGUGAACGCUUGCAGUCUAUAUCCAGUCAACAGCGGCAGUCCGGGGGAGAAGACCUUCCGCAUGGCAGCGAGAUUUUGUUCAUCGAACGUGAAAGGCGCUCGUCCACGCAGAUGCAUUGCGGAGCACCGCACACGCGCAGCACCAAUUUGGGCAGAAGUGGACCGACGUCUCGUCGGACGAACGCUACCACGGGGGUCACCGGCGUACCCGUUACUGGAGGAGGGAUGAACGAGAGGCAGUAACACCAAGGGGUCGGAGAACAACACGAUCAUCAGUAGGUUUCAAAAGCAACCUUCAAACUCUUCGUGGAACAAGCUGAGUGCUCGAUUCGGCCAUUGGGUCAAACAGACGCUGGGUGGUCCGGACGAGGUAGAUCGUAAGAAGGGUACAAGGCGUCGCCCACCACGGCAGUAUCACAAACAUGCACCGCAAGGGCGGGGGGUGGAAGAGGCACGACAACGGGAGGAGGGGCGGAGGCGUUCAUGGGAGCCUCGUCGAUGCCGUGUCGACAACCCAAAACAAGCUCUCGGCCACAAACGUCGGCUGCUGCACAUCGUGUGGCGUGCCAUCCGUUCGCACAGCAAACGAGUUGUGCGCUCGUUUAGACGCGAAAUAGGACUUAAGCGCCUACCCACGUCCGGGAGUCCCCCCACCAGCGUCCGCCGUAUGUC